GUACUAGGUAGUACCUACCGCUGACUCGAGAUCUGCCCAAAGCGAAAGCUCCGCUUUUGGACACUGUCGGUAUGCUCUGCAGUCUCGUGCACCCUCAAAAGCACUGGUGAUCGCACAAAACUCGCCACAUCUCCAAAGUCACUUUGCUCCCCAUUCUCCUCUCUCGCCCAGCUGCCCGUUGCUGCAGCCAUGGCGACCAAGCUCCAGCUCCUCGCUCUGCUGGCUCUCUCCCUGGUCGCCGUCUCGGCCGCCCGUGACAGCAUUUUCAUUCAGGGGGACGAGAAGCAGGAGAUCCCAACUGCAUCCUUUGAUCCGCAGUCAGGGAGGUUCCAGAUCUCCAAUGAAACAGUGGAGGCGCCGAGGCGCAAGGCGCUGGGCCUGGGCCAGAGCAGCCAGGUGUCGGCGACAUUUUACAACUCACCUGGCAUGGACUGCACGACGGGUAACGGCCAAUGCGGUUACGGUAAUGAUGUUGACGGGAAUGCCUACGGUGGCGGCGGCCCUUUCGUGGAGACCUCUCUCUAUCCUUACCACGCGGCCUCUGGCAACUUUGGCUACCUCGGCGGGUGCGGCGCUUGCGGCGUCCUGACCUACAACGGCAAGUCGCGCGGCUUCGUCAUCACUGACGUCACUGACCACAAGGAUGACAUCGGCGGCGACGGGUGGCACAUUGACCUGUGCCUGCCUUCGUUCAACUAUUUCACCAACGGACAGGCGGGCGACGGGAGUCACGGAGGGAUCUUCACCGGAACGUGGACGAGGGUGGACUGUUCUUGCAUGGGCGCCCCUGACUACCCCGACCACGCCAUGGUCGUCCGCACCCAGGCCUACAACCAGUGGGCCAAGGCGGUCGUCAUCUCUCGCGUCGGGGGGGUCGGCGAGAUUGCCGGCGUUAACUUCAAAACCCGCAACGGGGGGUUCACCUCAGGCGUGAAAGUCGCGGGGUGGGGGGCUUGGUGGGCGCCCACGUCCGGAAUGGGGGGCCAGGGGGGGGUUGCGUUGGAAAUUACCAUGAAGGACGGGAAAUCGUUCACGACUGACAGCUACCCUCUCCCCGAUUACAGCCUGUGGGGCACGGGCAACGUGUACAAUGUGUUUGAUAACUUGCCGUCCGCGUGCUAAGGGGGGAACGGAAAGAGACGUGAUUGCGGGGGGGUUACACGUGCCCUCAACGAGCCAGGGGGGAGAAAACGAGUUGUUUGCUGUGCCCAAAAAGGGGAAUUCCUGUGACAUUGAGUGUCCGACCCGGGGGGUAAAGGGCGCCUUCUACAGCAGUGGAGGGGCCCCAGCGCUGCACGCAUAUUUUGUACUCUCCACCCCCCAAAACGAAGACCAGGCCUCGCAUAGAUAAACUAGCAGCGUCCCUUGUAGUUUAAAGAGUCGUGUGCGUUCCCAUUCCGGCCUGUCGGCUGGACUUCGGAACAAGGAGCGAGUUGGGCUGUUCGAUUGAAUAGCCGAAAGGCUUCUUCCGAGAGUUGUGCAUUAGUGUUGCUUCAAACCUCUGCAGCAGCGGCGGUUUGACAGUGGGUUGUAGUGCCAACGAUCAGUUACCAGAGGGUUUACGAGCUGUAACCAGAGGGUUACACGGUCAGUAACCAGAGGGUUACAGUAGUGAUCAAGAUAGGAGGCACGCAGGCUCGCACCAUGUACUUUUAUUCAAUCAGUCACUGGGAGGCAAUAGAGUGGAUCAGUUGAGCUCGGAGGGAAGACAUUGAAGAUCAUUGAGCAACGAGCACGUAGAGAAUUCUUUCUCGCUUAGAUCUAGCUGGGUAGUGACUCGUCGCAGAGUCGACGAGGGUUCUUGGUUGUGGACAACUGUGGAGACAGACGUCUCCUUUCUGCAAUCAGAUCGAAAAUUUUCAGGAUCUGUUGUUCAUUUGAAACAAUCAACGAUGCUGCUGAACUCUCAAAGAAAACCAGCAAUUGUUGCGUUUCUUUACAGUACACUGCAUGGUAUGCGAUCUGAAGUUGAUUAUUCCUC